UGCUGUUGUGACCUGUCUUUUUCCCACUGAACCAGUCAAGAUGGAGUUGCCGUGUGGAGAUGGGAGGGGGCGGAUUAAGGUCAGCGUGGCACUGGGGAGGAGAACGUGAAGAAGAUGCAGACUAUCAGUCUGUGGCAUAGGUCAGAAAUCUCUGAGGACAGUCAUGGACAGGAACUACGUCAAUAUUGCUGCUACUUUAACCCGAAACUGAUUCAUUCACUCUGUGUUAGUCUCUGGAUCUUCUUAAAUCCCCUGCCUUCCGCCUGGAUCAGGAUUCUACACCCAGCUUCAACCCUUCAACCUGCUGCUGCAAAUUAAUGAGAGAAGGCUACGGGAGCGCAGGACGUUCUUCUUUUAGGAAGGACUUUCUUUAACUUCAGAUGAGCGUCAUCUCACGUGAAGCAUGGACCUAAUCCUAGUUACUGGGCUGUUUGGCAAGCUGUUGUUUUGCUUUGACCAGAGAUGCAGAGGGAUGGACAACACGUGAUUCUCUUACAUCUGUAAGUGAGUUGGUGUAAAGCUGUGUUCAUGAAUACAUAAUCAUUCAAUCUGGUCAAACUGUUGUAUUCUGAUAAUUAAUAUAGAAUCUGACCGAGUCGUGCCGUGCCAUGCCUGAGAUGCAGACCCUUUACUACGGCAUGCGUCGGCCCCCAAGCCUCUACCUGGACCCCUUUGUCACACAGCAGCAGAUCCUGCAGGAUGAAGUGCAGUUCUGGUGGUUCCAAGAUCCAAGAAGGUCCUUGUUUUGCUACUGUGCCCAAGUGGCCGUCAUACUGGGGCUGGGCCUCGGCGGCGUGGGGCUUUUCUCCACCACCAACAGCCUGUCUGUGGAGUGGCGUCUGGGGGUGGGAACCACCCUCUGCCUCCUGGCCCUCGCCGUUUUACUCAAGCAGCUCCUGAGCUCCGCCAUCCAGGACAUGAACUGUGUUCACAGCCGACGUCAGAUCGAGCAGCUGCGGAGCGGCGGGAGGGCUGACCCUGCGCUGAUUCUAGCUGUGGGGCUGUCAGUGGUCCUGUGCGGGGCGGUGCUGCUCUGUGUGGCCAAAGCAGGUGGCCGCAGUCAUGACGGCAGAGAGAUGGCGGUGUCUGGCGCCGUGCUCGUGGCUGCUGGUGCCAGCAUGAGUCUAGCUGUAGUCGGCUACAAAGUGAUGGUGCACCUGGAGAGUAGACGGAACCAGAGGAUGAGGAGGAGACUGAGACUCAGGAGAGCGAGGAGGCUGGGAGGUCAAGCUGUCCGAGUGUUCAGCGUUUCUCCUCGGCAGAUGAGUCCAGCUGGGAGAGACGCGUCUACCAGCAGAACAAGUCUGAUCUGAAAGGACUGAAUAAGAAAAACCGCCCAUAGAAAAAGGACAAAAGGCUCCAUUAAAAGUGAAAUGUUGCAAUUAGUUGAAGGAAUGUGAACAGAGAGAGUCUUUAUGUAGAAUGCAGGAAUAAUGACAGUAGCGGACAAACACAUCAAUAAAAGUGAAUGCAUGUUCUCUUUUUUUGUACCUGAAUGCUCAGUUCAGAUGCAGAUGCACAGUAGGAUAGUGCAACCUCUUUCAGAGGCAGGGUUUUUCAUCAGGACUCCAUAAAAGUGUUCAGCCAGGUUCUGUGAUUAUAUAAAUCUAUUCUCAAAUGUUGAAACACACCCAACAGAUUCCACACUGACAUUAUUUUUGUGGCUUGGAUGAAGUUUGAGGGGAAAGCAGCAGCCAGGGGCUUCUAAUCCAAUGCACUAGAGAUGCACAAUAUAUGGAAUCACAGCCAUCAUUUCAAAAUCAGCGUUAAAAAUAUCAGUCACAAAGGAAAAUCUGGAUGCUGUGUGUUAUAGGCUAUAACAUUUCAUUACUCAUCCUUGUCAAUGGCAGGUUUGCCAACUUGGAUAGUGCGUCACUGUUUUUUAUGUCCACUGCUCAUCCAGAUCUUUGGGGGAUCCCCGGGAUUCCCCAAAGAUCUGCAUCAAUCUCCCACAUCGGGAGAUCGAUGUGGACUUUGUGAUGAUGGAAAAGGUAGUGACAGUCUUUGCAAUAGGAAAUAAUAUAGAAAUUUUAUGACUUCCAUAUUGUGCAGCUAUAUUAUCCACUUCAUUAAUGAAU